AUAGCAAAUCCAAUGCAUCCACCAUCAAAUCAACCACCCAAUCCGAGCUGACGAUCGAUUUCAGCUGCGCGCCGGAGCGGGAAUCGAGGAGGAGUUCGGGGAAGUCGGAUCCAUCCACCUGCCCGCGCGGCGGAGGCGGCGCUCCCCGUCCCUUCUAGAUCGAUGGCCACAGGCGGGAGGUGGGGAGCGGGGCGCCGGAGAAGCCACGACCUCGAAAUAGGAGGCCGCCGCCUGGGGCGCAUAUCGUCUCGGUUCGAUUGAUUCUGGCUAGGGUUCAGUCAAUCGGUCGGGACCAUGGAGUCGCCGCCGCCCAAGCGCGACGUCGGCCACGGCGGCGAGGACGGAAUCAGCGCGCUCCCCGACCACCUCCUCCUCGACAUCCUCGAGCGCCUCGACCUGCGCGAGGCGGUCCGCACCGGCGCGCUCUCCACGCGGUGGCGGCACCUCCCCAGCCACCUCUCGCGCGUGCACCUCGACGUCGGUCACUUCGGCGGCGCCACGCCGCUCGAGGUCAUGGACGCGUUCACGGGCGCGGUGCGGGCCUUGCUGACCCGGGUUCCUCCCGCCGAGGGCGUGUGCGGGAGUAGUGCCCUCAAGGUCCUUUUCCUCAGCUUCUACACGUCUUCCCCUCACCUGAGCUCCAUUGGCCGCCUCGUCGAGGGCAUCGUGAACUUGGGCCAGACUGAAUGCCUUGAGUUUUGCAUAUCCCCGGCACCCCCCGACCGGCGGGGCUGCGAGAUUGUGAUUGGGCAGGAGUUCAAGGCCUUCUCCCGCGCCUACCCAGUCGCCUUCUCGUGGCUCACCAGGCUUACGCUCGAAUAUCAUGCUUUUGGAAAUUCAGGCAUCACUGACCUCAUUAGCACUUGCUGUAGGCUCAGGCACCUCAACCUGAGAUUCUGCACACUGGUUGAUUCGCAGUCCACACUCAAGAUCGAUGUGCCAUGCUCUGAGCUCCAGGAGCUUGAGUUCACCGGCUUUCGGUGCGCGCGGAUUGAGCUUGUCUCUGUCCCGAAGCUUAGGCAAGUGGUAUGCCAACAUUGGCCCUUCGAGAACCCUCCAGUGCGCUUCGGCUACGUUCCUGAGCUUCGCGGUGUAAUGCUCUAUUCUAAAGCCAAGGCAGGGCAAGAGCCAUUUGCGUUGAGCGACUGCCUGCCAAGGAGUGCCAGGAAUCUGUCAACACUGACUCUGUGUUUUGGGGACCAAAUGAUUUGGAUUCAGCCAGAACAUCCGAAGCAGCUCACUCCUAUAUUCAGAAACCUGACCACUGUGUUUCUUUUCGGUAUCUUCAGUGAGUGUGAUCUGAGCUGGACAUUGUUUAUCCUUGAAGCUGCACCUGCCCUACAGGAUUUUGCAUUAUCUCGACAUUCAUGUAUCAAGACGCCCGAGUACAGUGCCGAGAAGACCAACGUGGUGUGGGAGCCAUCCAAGGAUUUUAAGCACCUGAACUUAAAGGGGCUGCAUAUCUUCGGGUGCGAGGAUGAAGACAAGGUGAGAAACUAUGUAAGGCUUGUCAUGGAACGAGCUGUGGGGCUGUUGUUAAUCGAGCUGUAUGGUGAAAACCCAUGCAUUUACUGUGAUGCCACCAACCUUGAAAGAUCCAAGGCGGAAAAAUCUAGCAGGCAUCGGAUUAAGGAGCAACUCACACAUGGAUCAUCUUCAUCCGUGGAGAUAAUUAUCUGUUGAUGGAUAUGGUCAGGGAAUGUUGGUGGUCUCAAAAUACUCGCAGGCUUGCAGCAGCUUGAGCAAUGACUGGGUCGCCGCCUGGGAAUACUUGAUGGCACUGUAGCUAAACUAAAAUGUGUGUACUUGAAUCUGGAUGCAUGUUUUCUCUUUCAGUUUACUGAGUAAUUGCGCACCUAUCUUAUGCUGAUUUUUUAUCUGCCCUUUUUGGGACGUUUGCUUCCUGAUGAAGUUGUCUAGUCAAUACCCUCAAUACCAACAUCAGUAUGAUGCAAUGGAAGUGUGGUUGACUGUAGAGAAAAUAUCUGUACACCUUUUUGCUAUGUGUUGAGAAAUUUCAUAC